GCACUAGAGCACUCUGCACAGAAGCAGGAAACAUCCUUGUGCUUUGACUGUCUUGGCCUCGUUAGAUAACUGAGAAAAGAAGCAUACAUGUAAAUGACUGUAUGUGCUGCCAGUAAAAUAUCUGUUUUUCUACUUUAGUUGUCCUUUCCUUCUUUCUAUUGACAGAAUAACAGAAAGUGCCCUAUUCCUCUCGCAGACGUUAAGGGGAGGAAUUUGUACAAACGUGCAAGGGGUGAAUUCAUUGCUACGCCGUCAGGAGGACCGAGUAAGUGGGCGGAGGACAGAGAGAGAGACAGAGAGAAAGGGAUCGAGAAAGAGAGAAGGAAAGAGAGAGAAGCGACCAUGAUGGAGCUGAGGAUCCAGUUGGUCCCUACAGGUGAGAUCAUCCUGUCCCCUGGGAAGAAUGGAGAGAGCUUCUGCCACAGCUGCACCAAGACGUUGGGGAGUGACGGGGUGCGGAUCACAAUGGAGAGUGCCCUGACAGCCAGGGACCGGGUGGGGGUGCAGGACUUUGUCCUGCUGGAGAACCACACCAGCGAAGCAGCCUUCAUCGAGAACCUCCGCAAGCGCUUCAAGGAGAACCUCAUCUAUACAUACAUCGGCUCAGUCCUGGUGUCGGUGAACCCUUACAAGGAUCUGGAGAUCUACACCAAGAACCACAUGGAGCGUUACCGAGGCGUCAACUUCUACGAGGUCUCUCCCCACAUCUACGCGGUGUCUGACAACUCCUACCGGUCCAUGCGGACAGAGCGUAAGGACCAGUGCAUCCUCAUCUCGGGGGAGAGCGGUGCCGGCAAGACGGAGGCCUCAAAGAAGAUCCUGCAGUACUACGCCGUGACCUGUCCCGCCAGCGACCAGGUGGAGACGGUCAAGGACCGCCUGCUGCAGUCCAACCCUGUCCUAGAGGCUUUUGGAAAUGCCAAAACGUUACGCAACGACAACUCCAGCCGCUUCGGUAAAUACAUGGACAUCCAGUUUGACUUCAAGGGUGCACCGGUAGGGGGCCACAUCCUCAACUACCUGCUGGAGAAGUCACGGGUGGUGCACCAGAACCACGGCGAGAGGAACUUCCACAUCUUCUACCAGCUGAUUGAGGGGGGUGAGGAGGACCUGCUGCGGCGCCUGGGCCUGGAGAGGAACCCCCAACAGUACCAGUACCUCGUCAAGGGGAACUGUCCCAAGGUGAGCUCCAUCAACGACCGCAGUGACUGGAAGUUGGUGAGGAAAGCCCUGUCUGUCAUCGGCUUCAGCGAGGACGAGGUGGAGGAGCUGUUAAACAUUAUUGCCAGCGUUCUUCACUUGGGGAACAUUCAGUAUGGAGGAGAGGACAGCGGCAAUGCCUACAUCACUACAGACACACAGAUCAAAUACCUGGCGAGGUUACUAGGUGUGGACGGUUUGGUCCUGAAAGAAGCGCUAACACACAAAAAGAUCAUCGCCAAAGGGGAAGAGCUGAAGAGCCCUCUGAACCUGGAGCAGGCAGCGUCGGCGCGGGACGCCCUGUCCAAGGCCGUGUACGGCCGCACCUUCACCUGGCUCGUCAACAAGAUCAACGUCUCCCUGGCUUACAGGGACGAGACUUAUAAGAAUGCUUCUGUCAUUGGUCUCCUGGAUAUCUAUGGGUUUGAAGUCUUCCAGCACAACAGUUUUGAGCAGUUCUGCAUUAACUACUGUAACGAGAAGCUGCAGCAGCUCUUCAUCGAGCUCACACUCAAGUCCGAGCAGGAUGAGUACGAAGCAGAGGGAAUCACGUGGGAGCCUGUGCAGUACUUCAACAACAAGAUCAUCUGUGAUCUGGUGGAGGAGAAGUUCAAAGGCGUCAUCUCCAUUCUGGAUGAGGAGUGCCUGAGGCCAGGUGACGCCAGUGACAUCACCUUCCUGGAGAAGCUGGAGAAUACUGUGGGAGGCCACGCCCACUUGACAACGAGUGCAUGUUCUCUUACUCUCUCUCUUCCCCCUCUAGGCUUUCUGGACAAGAACAAUGACCUCCUCUUCAGGAACUUGAAAGAGGUCAUGUGUAUGUCUGAUAAUAAGAUUCUGACCCAGUGCUUUGACCGGGCGGAGCUGAAGGACAGCAAGAGACCUGAGACGGCAGCGACCCAGUUCAAGACCAGCCUGGCGAAGUUAAUGGAGAUCCUGAUGUCCAAGGAGCCGUCCUACGUGCGCUGCAUCAAGCCCAACGAUGCCAAGCAAGCAGGACGGUUCGACGAGGUUCUCAUCAGGCAUCAGGUGAAGUACCUGGGUCUGAUGGAGAACCUGCGCGUGAGGAGAGCUGGCUUUGCCUACCGCCGCCACUAUGAGACCUUCCUCCAGAGGUAUAAGUCCCUGUGCCCGGAGACCUGGCCUAGCUGGCAGGGCAAGCUGGCAGACGGAGUCUCCACACUGGUCAAACACCUGGGUUACAAACCUGAGGAGUACAAGCUGGGCAGAUCCAAAAUCUUCAUCCGUUUUCCAAAGACUCUGUUCGCCACGGAGGACGCGCUAGAAACGAGGAAACACAGCCUUGCCAGCAAACUGCAGGCAUCCUGGAAGGGCUACAGCCAGAAGACCAAAUACCGCAAACUCAGAUCAUCAGCGGUGGUGGUCCAAGCGUGGUGGAAGGGCAUCCUGGCCUGUAGGAGGGCACGGCGUAGAAGGGAGGCCGCCAACACCAUCCGCAGGUUCAUCAAGGGCUUCAUCUACCGCCAUAAUGAGCGUUGUCCUGAGAAUGAGUACUUCCUGGAUUAUGUGCGCUACUCCUUCCUGAUGAAGCUGCGCAGGAACCUCCCCAAGACAGUCCUGGACAAGAGCUGGCCCACGCCACCAACCGCCCUCAUCGAGGCGUCGGAACGGCUACGUAAAUUGUACAUGCAGAACAUGGUGUGGGGUUACUGCAAGAGGAUCAACCCAGAGUGGAAACACCAGUUGGAGCAGAAAAUGGUGGCCAGUGAGAUCUUCAAAAACAAGAAGGACAACUACCCCCAAAGUGUCCCAAAGCUCUUUGUGGGCACAAGACUCAAUGGAGAGGAGAUUAACCCCAAGGUGUUGCAGUCACUUGGCAGUGAGAAGAUGAAGUAUGCAGUCCCAGUGACCAAGUACGACAGGAAUGGCUACAAGGCGCGACCAAGGCAGCUGCUUCUCACCUCCAACAGUGCCGUCAUCGUAGAGGAGGCCAAGCUCAAGCAGCGCAUCGACUACGCCACCCUCAAAGGCAUUUCAGUCAGCUCUCUCAGUGAUGGGGUCUUCGUACUGCACGUGCCCACUGAAGACAAAAAACAGAAGGGAGAUGUGGUGCUACAGAGUGACCACAUCAUCGAGACCCUGACCAAAGUGGCCAUCUGUGCUGACAAGGUCAACAGCAUCAACAUCAACCAGGGAAGUAUAACUUUCACGAUGGGCCAAGGUAAAGAAGGGAUCAUAGACUUCACCUCUGGCUCUGAGCUGCUGGUUGCCAAGGCGAAGAAUGGCCACCUCUCAGUGACUGCCCCUCGACUGAACUCAAGAUGAUAGCAACGACUGAUCAUCUGACCACGCCAAGGAAGUCCUUCCUGGAAUACGCUCCUAUUCACCAAUCACAACCGCAGACCAGGCUCUGCCAAAGCCAAUCAAAUGCCAGCUCUCGCUACACGAACGGCAUGUGCUUCCAAUUGAGAAAAAGUCCAGCGAAACUAAUUGAUAUUUAUGUUUAUAUAUUUUUGGGAUUAAUACUUGUUAUUUGAAUAUCAUGAUUUUAUAUAUGAAGCCAAGGAAUAACAAUGUUUUGGUGCAUUUUUUCCUGCACUACUUAUGCCUGUCUUGCUUAAUUUGGGAACAUGACCAAGCAAUCAAUGAGGGUGUAUUGGGUCUCCUUUGCUUUUUCUUUCUGUCAUUCUUUUUUCACAAUAUUUUCUCUGUUCAGCAGUGUAGACUUCACACCCUCUCUGAUACUACUCUGUUAACUGUUUGGGGAAGAAGCUUUUGUUAAAGUUGAGAUGCAGUACAUGGCUGAUGGUAUGUAGGCUAGGUUUGUUAUAAACUAUCGAGGAGCAGGGAGUUUGGUAGAGAAGUUCACAAGAAUAGUUAUUUUUUUCAAACUUGUUUCGACUCGGACACAAUACUCUUGAGGUUUUUGAAACCGAAGGAUAUCAACAGAGAAGUCAUGUGGGUGUGUGACCUUUGACCCAGAGCAUACUGUCCAGAAUGUGGUCAGAAUUUGGUCUGUGCCAUAAAUCACUAAAUCGUUCUUUGAUGUAGAUGUCAUGUAGCCCAAAUGAAAGCGUAGACCAAAGCAUUUUGGUGAGCAGAAUGUUGAAAUUAGAUUUUAUAAUAGAUUUAUAAUGGAAACACCAUAGUGAAUGGUCUUUACAAUAUAUAAGAGAUAAAGAAAGUGAGAAGGAAAUUAUGAAAAAGGCGUGAGAAUGAAAAUGGGGGAGAAUAGAAAACUGUUUUGUCUUUCCAUUUAUCGCUUGUUUGUUCCCAACGAUGGUGCCUUUCUCCUUUACUAAGUUAUUGUUAAUGGAUUAUUUAUGUCAAUACACCAAUUAAACAUUGACACUUUG